AGAAGGGGGAGAGGGAGCCCUUCGCGGUGGCUCCGGGAAAACCGGCUUCAAGCCCCCUUUCCCCCGGCGAAGAGGGGAAAACCCGCCCCGGUUAGCAGCUCCCCCGGGGGCCCCGGCUUUGUGCCCGUCCGUGCCCCCCCCUCCCGGUCUUAUUUGAUCUCCCGUUAAACCAAGGAGGAGAAUGUGAAAAAAGGGGGAAAAUGCCCAGGAGGAAGCAGGAGCAGCCCAAGCGCCUCUCUUCACAUGGUACCAGACAGGAAGAAGUGGAAGGGGAACUCAGUGAAGAAGAACGCUGGUUUGGAAAUUCUUCAGAAACUCCUUCAGAAGCAUCAUAUGGAGAAGUCCAGGAGAACUUUAAGUUGUCUCUCGAGGACAGAAUCCAAGAGCAGUCCACUUCCCCGGAUACCUCUUUGGGGAGUGCAACGCCGAGCAGCAACACAGCGGAGCUGGGAUCCAUUGAAAAUGAGGCACUAAGAGACACGUUACAGAGCAAAGAGCACCUUUCUCCUGAUGUGUCAUCUCUGUGUGAAGAAGAACCUCCUGGUCCAAAUAAGCCACUGAGCAGUAACCUGAGGCGGCUCCUGGAGGCUGGCUCCCUCAAGCUGGAUGCCGCUGUUACAGUCAAUGGCAGAGUUGAGUCCCCCGUAAACCUUGGCUCGAACGUCUCCUUCUCUCCACCUGCUCAUCACGCCCAGCAGCUGAGUGUUCUUGCCAGAAAGCUCGCUGAGAAACAGGAACAAAGUGACCAAUACAAUGCAAGCAGUCACUUUAUAUGGAAUCAAGGUAAGUGGUUGCCAAACUCAACCACCACCUGUGGUUUGUCCCCUGAUUCAGCUAUCCUGAAACUGAAAGCCGCAGCCAAUGCCGUUCUGCAGGACAAAUCUUUUUCGAGGACUGAAGACCCUAUAAGAUUUGAAUCCUUUUCCUCACCUUUCAGUUCUCAGUCAGCCAGCUCCACGUUAGCAGCUUUAUCUAAGAAAGUGAGUGAAAGAAGCAUGACUCCUGGGCAGGAGCACCCGCCUCCAGCAAGUUCUUUCCUUUCUCUGGCUUCCAUGACCUCUUCAGCUGCCCUUCUCAAGGAGGUUGCUGCAAGGGCUGCAGGCACCCUCUUGGCUGAGAAGAAGAAGUCGCUGGUUCCUGAGGAUCCCCUGCAGCUUUCGGAGAUGAAACAAGAGAAAGCAACUCCGCCACAGUCUUUGGAAUUAUUGUUACUACCAGUCCCUAAGGGAAGAGCAUCCAAACCCGCUAGUACAGCCUCAGAAGAGGAAGGGGGAAAACCUUUCCAGUGUCCGAUCUGUGGUUUGGUUAUCAAGAGGAAGAGUUACUGGAAACGGCACAUGGUGAUUCACACAGGUUUGAAGAGUCAUCAGUGCCCACUCUGUCCAUUUCGCUGUGCACGCAAGGACAAUCUCAAGUCACACAUGAAGGUUCAUCAGCACCAAGACAGGGGUGAGACCUUUCAAUGCCAGCUUUGCCCUUUUACCUCCUCCCGCCACUUCAGCCUGAAACUCCAUAUGCGUUGCCAUCAACAUUUCCUCAGGACAGAAUCUAAAGUGAAGGAGGAAAUACCAGAAACUGAGGUGAAGGGGUCACCACAGCUAAACAGUGACUCCUGCCCGGGACCACAGAGGGAAGGAGGUGGACCUGACCUCACGGGAUCAGCAUCUGUAUCUAAAACACCUGAUGUGGCUGGGCAGCCUGGUGGGGGUGUUCCACCUUUACUAGUGAAAGAAGAGCCCAAAGACGACAGUGGUGUCUCAGCUGCACCUUUUGCUCUUAGCACUGUUGACAGAGCCCCCAACAACACAAAGCUGAAAGACUCCUCUGACUUUGUGGCCAACACAGCAUCAGCACUAUUCAGCCAAGACAUCUCUGUCAAGAUGGCAUCAGAUUUUCUUAUGAAGCUGUCAGCUGCAAAUCAAAAAGAGCCUUUGACUCCUAAUUUUAAAGUGAAAGAGGAGCCUAAGGAUGAGGAAGCUGCAAGUUCAGCCGUGUCUCAGUCCAGCUAUGUGUUCAGCCAAGAAUCUGAAGCCUCAGCUCCAAACAUCCCUGAGGAGAAACUCAAGCCACAGGAAGCACAGGCAAAUGUGAUGAGGCAGGACAUGUCAGUCAAGGCAGCGUCUGAGCUCCUCAUGAAGCUCUCAGCUGAGAGUUUCAAGGAAACCCAGAUGGUAAAGAUAAAGGAAGAACCAAUGGAAGUUGACAUUCAUGACUCGCAGGCUUCAGCGUCCCCCAGCCAACCCAGCCAAAAUGUUGGCUACAGCACUUUAUUAGGGAGAGACAUUAGUGAACGGAUACAGAAGGCACCAGAAGGCCGUGUGCUCCCAGAAAGAAAUCUAUUCAGCCAAGAUAUAUCAGUGAAGAUGGCAUCUGAGCUGCUCUUCCAGUUAUCAGAAAAGGUGAGCAAAGAGCACAACCACAAUAAAGACAACACCAUCAGAACUACAGCCAGCCCUUUCUUUUCUGAAGACACAUUUAGACAAUCACCAUUCACUUCCAACUCAAAAGAUCUCCUGCCUAAUGAAACUACUCUUCAUGGAAGGACGUCUGCAUCAGAAACGGAAAAGCUGGGGCUGGAGGUGGGAAAUGGAUUGCCGUCUUGGAAAUUUAACGACCAGCUCUUUCCCUGCGACGUGUGUGGAAAAGUGUUUGGUCGACAGCAGACUCUGUCCCGGCAUCUCUCACUGCACACAGAAGAGAGAAAAUACAAAUGCCACUUGUGCCCCUAUGCUGCUAAGUGCCGUGCUAACCUGAACCAGCACCUGACUGUGCACUCCGUGAAGCUGGUGAGCACAGACACCGAGGACAUCGUCAGCGCUGUCACGUCCGAAGGCAGCGAUGGGAAGAAGCACCCUUAUUACUACAGCUGUCAUGUGUGUGGGUUUGAGACGGAGAUGAAUGUCCAGUUUGUCAGUCAUAUGUCCCUCCACGUGGAUAAAGAGCAGUGGAUGUUCUCCAUUUGCUGCACAGCAUGUGAUUUUGUCACUAUGGAAGAGGCAGAUAUGAAGGCUCAUGUCAACAACAAGCACACAGCUGAAGAGAGGAAGACACCCAGUGAAUCUAACAGUCCAUCUUCAUCUUCGCUGUCAGCACUGAGCGACUCUGCCAACAGCAAAGAAGAUGCAGAUAUAACCCCAAAAAACAAGGGGUCAAACAACCUGCUAGUCAUUUCUGUAGUGCCUGGUAGUCAGACCUCAGUGAACGCUGAAGAGAAGUCAGAGAAAGGCUUUGAAUGUGUUUUCUGUAACUUUGUCUGCAAAACAAAAAAUAUGUUUGAGCGUCACCUGCAAAUCCACCUGAUCACACGGAUGUUCGAGUGUGACGUGUGCCACAAGUUCAUGAAGACACCUGAACAAUUACUGGAGCACAAGAAAUGCCACACUGUCCCCACCGGUGGGCUCAAGUGCCCAUUCUGCAUCUACUCCACAAACCGCCCCGCAGCGAUGGAGUGCCACCUGAAGACUCACUACAAGAUGGAGUACAAGUGUCGGAUCUGCCAGACAGUGAAAGCAAAUCAGCUGGAGCUGGAGAUGCACAUCCGGGAACACCGCCUUGGCAACCAUUACAAGUGUGACCAGUGUGGGUACCUGUCCAAGACGGCCAACAAGCUGAUCGAGCACGUGCGUGUCCACACCGGCGAGCGCCCUUUUCACUGUGACCAGUGCAGCUACAGCUGCAAACGCAAAGACAAUCUCAACUUGCACAAGAAACUGAAGCAUGCUCCACGCCAGACUUUCAGCUGCGACGAGUGCCUGUUCAAGACUACCCACCCUUUUGUCUUCAGCCGCCACGUGAAGAAGCACCAGAACGGGGACUGCUCCGAAGAGGAGAAGAAGGGCCAGUAUUCAACCUCCAAGGAAGCCAGUCCUCUCCUACCGGUGAACAGCUCCAGAAACCUUCUGUCACCCCUCUCAGUUAUGUCUGCCUCCCAGGCUCUGCAAACAGUCGCUAUGUCAGCUGCACAGGGCAGCGGGGCAGAGCCGAACUUGGCAGUGAAAGCCUUGGCUGUCAAUGGCACUUCCCUGUGCUUUGAUAAAUACUGGAACUCAGAGUUUGCCCACCUUAUUCCUUUAACAAUGUUUUUCCCCAAAAACCACUACGAUCUCACAUUCCAUCCACCCCGACCUCAGACUGCACCGGGAGGUGCCUCUUCACCUAAACACUCCUUCCUUGCCUACCUUGGACUAACAGAAAGGGCAGAAACUGUCUGAGGGCAGUUGCAUUCUGUACCAAAAAUACCCCAACAAACCCAGCAGGUAUACAUGGCUGCAAAACAUAGACCGAAGAGGUAAUGAACACUUGUACUAUAGCGUUAGUAAGGUUUAGCAAAUGGCUCUGUGUAUAUACUUAUUGCAUUGACAUGAAAGCUGCUUUAUUAAAUCUCCAAGAGGUGACCUACUGCAUACUUCUACCUUCAGAGGCAUGUUCCCAGUACUCUUAUCUAAGAAACUAUUUUGUCUUGUUAAGCUGAAAAAAAAAGAGUGUCCUUAAUGGCAAUCAGCACUUGUAAGAUUACAUAUUGAUGCAUUUUAUUUUUUGGGCUUUGUGUGCGUGCGGGUGCGUGAAAAGAGAGUCUGCCUGUAGUGUGCCAUGACAUUGCUUUUGCACAUCCCUUGGAUUGGCUUAUUUAAUUAUUAUUCUUUUCCCCCUUUUCACACACUCGCUCCCUCCCUCCUGUUUCCCCCCAAACUGUGGAGUUGUGGAAGAAGCAAUUGUUUGGGUCAGGGGGGGAGAUUGGUAUAUUAUUUCAGUGCUGUUUGCAGCUUCCUUUAGUUGUUUGAUGCCUUGUACUCAGUUGUCAAGGUUUGAGGAUUUGGGGUAGAACUGAUGAGGAAAAGGUUGCUUUCAGCACUGCAGGAUGAGAGUAUGACAAUGAAAACCAUGUGUAUGUACACACAUACACACAGCAGGCCCAAUUCUUAACUGCUACACAGGUGUGACAAACACCUGCAUCUGGGCCAUAGCAUACAUCUUUUGUUUUAAAAGGGCAUAUAAAUAUUAUAUAUAUAUAUAUAUAUAUACUGUAUUAUGCAGUGGUUACCUUUUAGUUUGCAGGAAACAACUUGUAUAACUAGAAUUCUAUGGUGGGAAAAAAUCCAACAAGGGGAUUUAAAAAAGGGUAUGGUUAAAUUCUGGGUAUAAAUACUCAGACUAAAAAAAAAAAAAGGCAGUUUUGCACAGUGCUUUAGUCUUGCACUAGUUUGUUUCUCACUUGCAAAAAAAA